UGAGGGACAGACAGACCAUGGCAGCAGUGACCGUGAGCGUGCCCGGGAGGAAGGGGCCUCUCAGGCCGGGUCCAGUGCCGGAGGCCGCCCAGCCUUUCCUCUUCACUCCCCCCGGGCCUGGCGUGGGUGGCGGGCCCGCGGGCUCGGCCAUGUCCCCGCAGGUGGAGUGGACGGCGCGGCGCCUGGUGUGGGUCCCCUCGGAGGUGCACGGGUUCGAGGCGGCGGCGCUCCGGGAUGAGAGUGGGGAAGAGGCCGAGGUGGAACUGGCCGAGAGCGGGCGGCGUGUGCGUCUGCCGAGGGACCAGAUCCAGCGCAUGAACCCGCCCAAGUUCAGCAAGGCCGAGGACAUGGCCGAGCUGACCUGUCUCAACGAGGCCUCGGUGCUGCACAACCUCCGAGAGAGAUACUACUCCGGCCUCAUCUACACGUACUCUGGCCUUUUCUGUGUGGUCAUCAACCCAUACAAGCAGCUUCCCAUCUACACGGAGGCCAUUGUGGAGAUGUACCGGGGCAAGAAGCGCCACGAAGUGCCACCCCACGUGUAUGCAGUGACCGAGGGAGCCUACCGGAGUAUGCUGCAGGAUCGUGAGGAUCAGUCCAUUCUCUGCACUGGGGAGUCUGGGGCCGGGAAGACAGAGAACACCAAGAAGGUCAUCCAGUACCUCGCCCACGUGGCAUCGUCACCCAAGGGCAGGAAGGAGCCGGGUGUCCCUGGCUCCGCCGGCACCAUGUCUUAUGGUGAGCUGGAGAGGCAGCUCCUUCAGGCCAACCCCAUCCUGGAGGCCUUCGGCAACGCCAAGACUGUGAAGAACGACAACUCCUCCCGCUUCGGCAAGUUCAUCCGGAUCAACUUCGAUGUUGCCGGGUACAUCGUGGGUGCGAACAUCGAGACCUACCUGCUGGAGAAGUCUCGGGCCAUCCGCCAGGCCAAGGACGAGUGCAGCUUCCACAUCUUCUACCAGCUGCUGGGGGGCGCCAGCGAGCAGCUCAAGGCUGACCUGCUCCUGGAGCCCUGCUCCCGGUACCGCUUCCUCACCAACGGGGCGUCUUCCUCUCCCGGCCAGGAGCGUGAGCUCUUUCAGGAGACCCUGGAGUCCCUGCGGGUCCUGGGAUUCACCCAAGAGGAAAUCAUCUCCAUGCUGCGGAUGAUCUCUGCUGUGCUCCAGUUUGGCAACAUCGGCAUCAAGAGUGAAAGGAACACCGACCAGGCCUCCAUGCCUGACAACACAGCCGCGCAGAAGCUCUGCCGCCUCCUGGGACUGGGGGUGACGGAUUUCUCCCGGGCCCUGCUCACCCCUCGCAUCAAAGUCGGCCGAGACUACGUGCAGAAAGCGCAGACCAAGGAGCAGGCUGACUUUGCGCUGGAGGCUCUGGCCAAGGCCACCUACGAGCGCCUCUUCCGCUGGCUGGUCCUGCGCCUCAACCGUGCUCUGGACCGCAGCCCCCGCCAAGGGGCCUCCUUCCUGGGCAUCCUGGACAUCGCUGGCUUCGAGAUCUUCCAGCUGAACUCCUUCGAGCAGCUGUGCAUCAACUACACCAACGAGAAGCUGCAGCAACUCUUCAACCACACCAUGUUCGUGCUGGAACAGGAGGAAUACCAGCGUGAGGGCAUCCCCUGGACCUUCCUCGACUUCGGCCUCGACCUGCAGCCCUGCAUCGACCUCAUCGAGCGGCCGGCCAACCCCCCAGGACUUCUGGCCCUGCUGGACGAGGAAUGCUGGUUCCCAAAGGCCACAGACAAGUCCUUCGUGGAGAAGGUGGCCCAGGAGCAGGGCGGUCACCCCAAGUUCCAGCGGCCCAGGCAGCUGCGGGAUCAGGCCGACUUCAGCGUCCUGCACUAUGCAGGCAAGGUUGACUACAAGGCCAAUGAGUGGCUGAUGAAAAACAUGGACCCUCUGAAUGACAGCGUCGCCACCCUGCUUCACCAGAGCACUGACAGACUCACUGCAGAGAUCUGGAAGGAUGUGGAGGGCAUCGUGGGGCUGGAGCAGGUGAGCAGCCUGGGGGAUGGCCCUCCCGGAGGCCGCCCCCGCCGGGGCAUGUUCCGCACAGUGGGGCAGCUCUACAAGGAGUCCCUGAGCCGCCUCAUGGCCACGCUCAGCAACACCAACCCCAGCUUCGUGCGCUGUAUCGUCCCCAACCACGAGAAGAGGGCUGGGAAGCUGGAGCCGAAGCUGGUGCUGGACCAGCUGCGCUGCAACGGGGUGCUGGAGGGCAUCCGCAUCUGUCGCCAGGGCUUCCCCAACCGCAUCCUCUUCCAGGAGUUCAGGCAGCGAUAUGAGAUCCUGACGCCCAAUGCCAUUCCCAAGGGCUUCAUGGACGGGAAGCAGGCCUGCGAGAAGAUGAUCCAGGCCCUGGAACUGGAUCCCAACCUCUACCGCGUGGGACAGAGCAAAAUCUUUUUCCGGGCGGGGGUGCUGGCCCAGUUGGAAGAGGAGCGAGACCUGAAGGUCACAGACAUCAUCGUGUCCUUCCAGGCAGCUGCUCGGGGGUACCUGGCUCGCAGAGCCUUCCAGAGGCGGCAGCAACAGCAGAGCGCGCUGAGGGUGAUGCAGCGGAACUGUGCAGCUUACCUCAAGCUGAGAAACUGGCAGUGGUGGCGCCUGUUCACCAAGGUGAAGCCACUGCUGCAGGUGACCCGGCAGGACGAGGUGCUACAGGCGCGGGCUCAGGAGCUGCAGAAAGUGCAGGAGCUGCAGCAGCAGAGCGCCCGGGAAGUGAGCGAGCUCCAGAUGCGCUUGACACAGCUAGAGGAGGAGCGCGCCCGCCUGACAGACCAACUGCGAGCAGAAGCAGAGCUGUGCGCGGAGGCCGAGGAGACCCGGGGGCGGUUGGCGGCCCGAAAGCAGGAGCUGGAAGUGGUGGUGGCGGAGCUGGAGGCCCGCAUGGGGGAGGAGGAAGAGUGCAGCCGCCAGCUGCAAACUGAGAAGAGGCGACUGCAGCAGCAUAUACAGGAGCUGGAAACCCACCUGGAGGCUGAAGAGGGUGCUCGGCAGAAGCUGCAGCUGGAGAAGGUGACCACGGAGGCCAAGAUGAAGAAAUACCAGGAAGACCUGGUCCUCUUGGAAGAUCAGAACGCCAAGCUGAGCAAGGAGCGGAAGCUGCUGGAGGAGCGUCUGUCGGAGUUUUCAUCCCAGGCGGCUGAAGAGGAGGAGAAGAUCAAGAGCCUCAAUAAACUGCGGCUCAAAUAUGAGGCCACAAUCGCAGACAUGGAGGACCGCCUGAGGAAAGAGGAAAAGGGCCGCCAGGAGCUGGAGAAGAUGAAGCGGCGUCUGGACGGCGAGAGCUCGGAGCUGCAGGAGCAGGUGGUGGAGCAUCAGCAGCGGGCGGAGGACCUGCGGGCCCAGCUGGGCCGCAAGGAGGAGGAGCUGCAGGCAGCCCUGGCCAGGGCAGAGGAGGAAGGCGGGGCCAGGGCCCUACUGCUCAAAUCCCUGCGGGAGACACAAGCAGGACUGGCCGAGGCCCAGGAGGACCUGGAGGCUGAGCGCAUGGCCAGAGCCAAAGUGGAAAAGCAGCGCCGGGACCUGAGUGAGGAGCUGGAGGCUCUGCGGGGCGAGCUGGAGGAUACGCUAGACUCCACCAAUGCUCAGCAGGAGCUCCGGUCCAAGAGGGAACAAGAGGUAACAGAGUUGAAGAAGGCUCUGGAAGAGGAGACGCGUGUUCAUGAGGUGGCUGUGCAGGAGCUGAGGCAGCGCCAUGGCCAGGCCCUGGGAGAACUGACAGAGCAGCUGGAGCAGGCCCGCAGGGGAAAAGGUGUGUGGGAAAAGACACGGCUGGCCCUGGAAGCUGAGGUCUCCGAGCUCCGGGCAGAGCUAAGCACCCUGCAGACUGCACGCCAGGAGGGUGAGCAGCGGAGGCGCCGCCUGGAGUUACAGUUGCAGGAGGUGCAGGGCCGGGCUGGUGAUGGGGAACGGGCUCGAGUAGAGGCCACUGAGAAGCUGCAGCGAACCCAGGCGGAGCUGGACAACGUGUCAGGGGCGCUGAGCGAGGCCGAGUCCAGAGCCAUCAGGCUGAGCAAGGAGCUGAGCAGUGCAGAGGCCCAGCUACACGACUCCCAGGAGCUGCUGCAAGAGGAGACCAGGGCGAAGUUGGCUUUGGGGACCCGGGCACGAAACCUGGAGGCUGAGGCCGCGGGGCUUCGCGAGCAGCUGGAGGAGGAGGCCGCCGCGCGUGAGCGGGCUGGCCGCGAGCUGCUGACGGCUCAGGCUCAGCUCUCAGAGUGGCGCCGACGCCAGGAAGAUGAGGCUGGGGCCCUGGAGGCCAGCGAGGAGGCUCGGCGCCGAGCAGCCCGCGAGGCCGAGGCCCUGACCCAGCGCCUGGUGGAGAAGACUGAGGUGGUGGAGCGGCUGGAGCAGGGCCGCCGACGGCUGCAGCAAGAGCUGGAUGACGCCACCAUGGACCUGGAGCAGCAGCGGCAGCUCGUGAGCACGCUGGAGAAGAAGCAGCGCAAGUUCGACCAGCUCCUGGCAGAGGAGAAGGCCGCUGUGCUGCGGGCCGUGGAGGAACGUGAGCGGGCCGAGGCGGAGGGCCGGGAGCGCGAGGCUCGGACCCUGUCACUGACUCGGGCCCUGGAGGAGGAGAAGGAGGCGCGCGAGGAGCUGGAGCGACAGAACCGGGCCCUGCGGGCUGAGCUGGAGGAACUGCUAAGCAGCAAGGAUGAUGUGGGCAAGAGUGUGCACGAGCUGGAACGAGCCCGCCGGGUGGCCGAACAGACAGCCAGUGACCUGCGGACGCAGGUGACGGAGCUGGAGGAUGAGCUCACGGCCGCUGAGGAUGCCAAGCUGCGCCUGGAGGUGACGGUGCAGGCCCUCAAGGCCCAGCAUGAGCGCGACCUGCAGGGCCAUGACGAAGCUGGGGAGGAGAGGCGGCGGCAGCUGGCCAAGCAGCUGAGGGAUGCAGAGGUGGAGCGGGACGAGGAGCGCAAGCAGCGCGCCCUGGCGGUGGCCGCGCGCAAGAAGCUGGAGGCGGAGCUGGAGGAGCUGAAGAUCCAGGUGGAGACGGCAGGGCAGGGCAAGGAGGAGGCGGCCAAGCACGUGCGCAAGCUGCAGGCCCAGCUGAAGGAGGUGUGGCGGGAGGUGGAGGAGGUGCGCACCUCGGGGGAGGAGUCCAAAUCCCAGAACAAAGAAAGCGAGAAGCGCCUCAAGUGGCUGGAGGCGGAGCUGCUGCGGCUGCAGGAAGAGCUGGAGGCUGCGGACCGCGCCCGCCGGCAGGCCCUGCAGGAGCGGGACGAGAUGGCCGACGAGCUGGCCAGCGGCAACCUGAGCCGGACGGCCCUUCUGGAGGAGAAGCGGCAGCUGGAGGGGCGCCUGGGACAGAUGGAGGAGGAGCUGGAGGAGGAGCAGAGCAACACGGAGCUGCUUACCGACCGCCACAACAAGCUGAUCCUGCAGGUGGAAACACUGACCACAGAGCUGUCAGCAGAGCGCAGCUUCUCGGCUAAGGCGGAGAGCGGGCGGCAGCAGCUGGAGCGGCAGAUCCAGGAGCUCCAGGGGCGGCUGGGUGAGGAGGAUGCAGGGUCCCGGGCCCGGCAGAAGAUGACCAUCGCUGGCCUUGAGUCUAAGCUGGCCCAGGCUGAGGAGCAGCUGGAGCAUGAGACCAGGGAGCGCCUCCUUUCUGGAAAGCUGAUGCGCAAGUCUGAAAAGCGGCUUAAGGAGUUGGUGCUGCAGGUGGAAGAGGAGCGGAGAGUGGCUGACCAGCUCCGGGACCAGCUGGAGAAGGAGACCAGCCGGCUGAAACAGCUGAAGCGCCAGGUGGAGGCGGCUGAGGAGGAAGCGUCCCGGGCCAACGCUGCCCGCAGGAGGCUGCAGCGGGACCUGGAUGAUAUCACAGAGUCCAAUGAGUCCUUGAAGCGGGAGGCGGCGACGCUGAGGAACCGGAUCCGGGCCUGCUCACCGUCCAACCGAUGACCCCGC